AUGUUUUCAACCGAGCUGCAUGCCGUCAAAGUGGACUCUUUGCGUGCGCGCUUACCCCUUGCCUUUAUCGAUGAGGAUCAGUGGUACACAAUCUGGUUUGACGUCACAGAGUUGAUGAACUACUGCUUCCAUGAGCAGCUCACCCGCAUCACGGCCAUCAAGAUUGAGCAAGGUGCUCGCUUGCGACGCGUCCUCUCUUUGGGUGGAAGUCGCCACCUGCCUGCCAAAUGGGCAUUGCCCGCCACGUUGAAUGCAAACGAGGUCAAAAUCAACGCCUUGGUUCUGGCUGAUCUCGAGGCUGCUCGGGCCAGCGCAACCGGACUAGAUCUGACAACCUCCAUGCUGAUGGAUCGGUCAGACGGGACCAUCAUCGCUGGCCGUCUGCCUGCACCGCCAUCCAGUGGCUCAAAUUCCCGACCUGCACGCUCUCCGCGACGUGGUCGCAUGGUGCGGAGUGGGGACAAAGCCGGCCGUCCUGUGCGUGACUCAGUAAAGUGGCCUGUGCAUGAAACGGCAACAUCAGGCGUCAAGCCUUCUGGGCAGGAACAAAGAGGAGCAAACGAUGGCAUGGAGCGCGGUGACUCCCGGCACGUGAACUCGCAUAUUGUAGCGCGGGCACCCGAGUCACGCCCAGCCUCUGAUACUCCGCCAACGGACUCAAGCGCAGCAUCACAGGGUGUUCUCGUCGGUGCGGCCAUGAGUGCUGCGGCCGGGGCCGUGAACGAGGACGAGGAGGACGAGGAGGGGCAGCGGCCCACGUUUACCUCCUCGAGCUUAUUAGCUUCGCGAGCACCCUCUGAUGCAGCUACGUCUUUGUUGGAGGACCUGGUGCGACAGGGCCUUCAGGUGGAAACAGGUCCUGGCCUACUGGAUCUGUCCGGCUUCAAAGUGGCUGAGGAGGACUUUUUGGUGGACGACACGUGGCGGUAUGAGGACGAUGAUGAGGAUAAAUCAAGAAAGGAGCAUGGGGUGGCGGAUGUCCAGAGAGAUGAUCUGGAUAGCGACGAGGAUCUCCCAUUGGCAUCAAGGCCAAUGCACCGCUCAAGCCAUGACACAAUUUCUUUGGACGAUGGUGAUGGCAACGGCGGAGAGGCUUUGAGUGCUGGCUUGAGGCGUGGACUGAAGCAACCAAGUAGUAGCCGCGGCAGCACGACAAUGUCCACGAGCGGAGAAGGGCAUGCCCUCACGCCCAGGCCAACCGGCUUGCAGCGACGCGAAAGUGACGUCGCCAGUACGCGGUCCAGUGUGACGGUUGCGGCACAGGCGCGCUUGUCCCUCGCCAACGUACAUGGCGGAGAGGAUGACGUUGUGCUCCGACGUCAGGACAACAUUGGAACGCCAAACCCGGGGCAUUUGCAUGCCACGGACUUGAUGUGGGAGGAUGAUUGGGAUACGCGGUGGUCGCCGGAGCCGUCUCAUCUGGAUUCAAGUGAUUCCGAGGACGAGGACCAGGCCAGCAGCCUCUUUGACUCCGACAUGCGCCGCCGUGCAGGCUCGCUGUCCGAGCUGGAGUCGUCUUUUUCCUCUGUUGGCCGCUCCAUCUCGCGGACCGCGGAUGCAUCGUUGCGCGAAGUCAUCUAUGAUCCGGGCUUGAAUUGCUACUAUGACCCAGCUACCAACCAGUACUUUCAACUGGCCUAAGGACCUUGACCAGCAGUGUGUGUGUGUGUGUGUGUGUGUGUGUGUGUGUGUGUGUGUGUGUGUGUGUGUGUGUGUGUGUGUGUGUGUGUGUGUGUGAGAUGAAAUUUUGACUGAUAUUGGCAGCGAGUGGCUGGUGUCGGUGCUGAUUGGGCGCUAUUUGCGUGCGUGAGGACUCUUUCUAAGUGAGCUUUAGU